GCAAUUCGCUUGACCGCGUCGCAACUCCGCUUACCGGGAUGAAGCUGUCGGCUUCCAUCGGUCUCCUCACAGAUUUGCGCUUGGCUGUGCAGCUGGCAUUCCUGCCCACUCUGCGCGCAGUUAUACAUGCCCCAUCAGUGCUGCUACAUCCGCGCACAGUAUCGCAGAUUUUCAUGAACCAUGUGUGGUCGGCCUUCGGUGAUGGCAUCGACGGGAACAGUCGUCCUGUUAAAGAGAACCUCAUCCCCGCAAACGCUCGGGGGGUUGUGCUCGACAUUGGUGCAGGCUAUGGCCACACCGUGAAUUAUCUCAAUCCAGGAGCGGUGACAAAAUAUGUCGCCCUCGAACCCAAUGAGCUGAUGCACGACGAGAUCCGAAAACGCGCUACCGCCGCCGGCUUUACGGAGUCGGCUGGCACCCUUCUCAUUCUGCCGUACGGUGCUGAAGACACUGCGUCCAUCGUCUCCGCCUUGGGCGCCCCACAUUCGGUCGACACCCUCAUUUCGAUCCUCUCGCUAUGCUCCAUCCCUUCUUCCGAAGAGGCGCUAAGCAAUCUCGUGGAUCUCGCUCUCAGACCUGGAGGCCAGCUGCUGUUCUUCGAGCAUGUGCUCAGUCCGAGGGACGACGUUGCUUGGUGGCAGCGAUUCUGGACGCCGAUUUGGAAGAACGCGUUUGACGGCUGCUGUCUCGACCGACCGACUCAUGUCUUCAUUCGAAAGAUGGGUUUUUGGAGCAAGGGCGAGGUAUGGGGCAUAGAGGAAGAGAGCGAGGAGCAUCUGUUCUGGCAUCGCAUAGGGAAAUUUGUGAAAUCAUAA